AAUACCCAUUCGAGAUUUCGAGGGAAAACCUGCAACUGCAAGCAAAGCGAUGGGGCAAUGCGUGAGUUGUCUGGACGAAGACCAAAAGCAACAGAGAAAAGAGGAAGAAAGAUUGGCCUCCGUUGAAGCUCGGUCCAAAGCUGCCGAAGCUGCUCAGAGAAGGCAAGAAGAAUUUGAAAAAUCUGCUGCAGGAAGAGCUGCACGUGCUCAGAUGGCAGCAAAUGCAAAGCAAUCUGCUAACGCUAACAAGGGAGAACCAGUUCUUAAGUGGAGUAUGGGCUGAGGCGGUAAUCUAUGGGCCAGCUUCAUUUCUUCUUUUUUUCUCAACCAUCGCAAGUCCCAACCAAGGAUUGCAACCUGUUGAUAUCAGUUGGUAGAUCCAUUUUUUUAGAUUGCUACUCAGUUUUUAACCUGUUGAUAUCAGAAGUAAGGGCCUUGGUGGGUUCCUCAUGCUGGUAAAUGGCCAGUCAUUUUGGUCAAUCAGGUGGCUUGUCCGAUGAUGAGCAGUCAUUGCCUGUCAUUUUGGUUCUCAUGCUUCAAACAUCACAGAUUUUCAUGAUCCAACAACUUCUAUCCGUUGGUUUUCUCUCCAAACAUUGCUCUGGCAAUGUUUUUUUUUUUUGAAAGUUUUUCAUUUUAUUAUUUUAAUGCUUUUGAUUGGAAUUCUAUUAUGCUCUUGUAUCCCCCGCUAGCAAAUAUUGUUCACUUCGGCUCGUUAUGUAUCGCUUUGAGCCUCACGGUUUUAAAACGCGCUACUAAAACUAGAUUUCUAUACCCUUGAAUGCUCCGUUCUAUUUUUCAACUAAUGUGAGAUCUCACAAUUUACCCCUUUA